GGAUAAAAAAUAGAAGGUCUGUAAUUCAUACUUCAUCAAGUCGCUCUUUUGCAUUUGUGUAGGAAAAACUCCUUUUGGGUGAAAAGAUGUGCAUUAUUAUAUUAAUUUGUACAUACCAAUAUUUUGGAUAUUGUAGCAUUUGCACGGUUGCGAGAAAACACAUGUUCUGCCAUCGACCAUCAGUCCUGAGUCGACAGAUGUAGUAAACAGAAAAACAAAUUAGAAAGGAUACACAAGUGCAAUCUAUAGUUGAAACAAAAAGAAAUAAAUUAGAACUCACGUUAAGUAUUUUUAAGGAAAAAAAAAGAUCCUGUUGAAGUACAAUGCUGGACUAAAAAAUCAAUCCAAUAUUUUAGAUCCCGUGGAAAGGAUAAAUAGCACAGGAAACUGAAUAGUAGUUCUAAAAAGAGGAAUUCGGAGAAAGGAAAAUUGCACAAAUACACUAUCUUUAGGGUUGAGGUAAAAGAAAAGCCACAAGUCCAAGGGAUUUUAAUUAAUAUCCACAACUCCGUGGAUAAGUUUUAACAAAAAAAAGACACAUAAUUUCUCUGAUUAGUCACUUAACACGAAAUAUGACGCAGAGGUUCCACGUCUCGUUGACUAGAGGGACGGCUCAGCUUGAGUCGAGCCUGGUUCUGCUUGGCUUUUGUUCUCAACCAAAUCUGAUAAAAGGUGUGUUUUUUGUUACCACAUUUCUGGACUUGUGCGUAUCAGUUAAAAUCCUCUGGACUUGUGGUUUUGUGCUGCAUCAGCCUUAAAGGUUGUAUAUCCGUGCAAUUUCCUCAUUUAUAAAAUAAUAAUGGAAAAGGUAGAGAAGAAAAUAAUGGAAUUGAAAAUGUGUUAAACAAUAGCAGAAGAGGUUAGCCAUGAAUUUUAUCAGAAUAUGUUCACUGGUUUUGAAGUGUAGCAUGUGGAAUUACUUGAAGCUUACAUUUCUUCUCUUAUUCCCAGCAUCUUCGAUGCUCCCUGUUCUUCUGUUGCUUCUCUUGUCAUAUGUAUUCCAAGCGGCAUCAGUUAGAGCAUUCAAUAAUAGGACUGAUGUGGAUUCCUUGCUGGUGUUCAAGGCAAGCAUAAGCAACCAGCACGGUGUCCUAGCUGCAUGGAACACAAGUACAGACUUCUGCCAGUGGCCAGGCAUCGGUUGCAGCCUUAAGCAUAAGCACAGGGUCACAGUGCUUAACCUCUCUUCGGAGGUCCUUGGUGGCACGAUCGCACCUUCCAUUGGGAACCUCUCUUUCUUGAGAAUUCUAGAUCUCAGGCGGAACAAUCUGCAAGGUGAAAUACCUUCAUCCUUUGGUCGCCUGUCUCGCCUACGAUAUCUUAAUUUAUCCAACAACUCACUUCAUGGUGAUGUAAAUGAUAAAUUGAAGAAUUGCACCAGCCUUGAAAGAAUGCACAUUGGUUCAAACCGUUUGGCUGGAGAAAUCCCUGCUUGGCUCGGAGACUUGUUAAGUCUCAAAGUCAUAGACCUAGGCAGUAACAACUUCACUGGAAUCAUCCCGUCGUCACUUACCAAUCUCUCAGCAGUGCAAGCAAUCUAUUUCAACACAAACCAACUUGAGGGUGUCAUCCCUGAGGGCCUUGGCAGGCUUGGUGGCCUUGCCUACAUAGACUUGGGAGAAAAUUGCCUCUCAGGCACCAUCCCUACAGCUCUCUUGAACCAUUCCUCUCUAAUAGGCUUGGGUGUGGGAGCAAAUGAUUUGUGCGGUAAACUUCCCCCGGACUUUGGGGAUCAGCUCCCAAAUCUUGAGUACCUACUCCUUGGUGUUAACCACUUUACAGGAAACCUUCCAGCUUCUCUUGUCAACUCAACUAAGAUAUAUGAGCUAGAUGUCUCCUUCGACAACUUCACCGGAAUAUUGCCUCCAGAGAUUGGAAUGCUCUGCCUAGAACAACUCACUCUCGGAGCAAAUCAGUUCAUGGCAAAUACUGUGCAGGACUGGGAGUUCUUGACAUUGUUGACAAACUGCACACGCCUCCGUACAUUUAGCCUCCAGCUCAACAUGCUAGGUGGCAUGCUGCCUAUUUCAGUUGCCAACCUAUCAGCACAACUCGAAUUGCUAUAUGUUGGAGCCAAUGAGAUUUCUGGAAAAAUACCAUUUGGCAUAGGCAAUCUUGUUGGAUUAACUCAAUUGCAGCUAGCUAAUAACCAAUUUACUGGUUCCUUGCCUGACACCAUAGGGAGGCUAAAUUCGCUACAAACCCUGGAGUUGCAAAAUAACCUAGUGACAGGGUUCAUGCCAUCGUCUCUUGGGAACUUGACACAACUACUAAAUCUGUACACACACAACAACAUGUUUGAGGGGCCUCUUCCAACAAGCCUCGGGAGCCUACAAGAGAUAAUUUCAGCAACCUUCUCAAACAAUAAGUUCACAGGUCCAUUGCCUAAAGACAUCUUUAACCUAUCGUCACUGUCAGACGCCCUGGAUUUGUCUAGGAAUUACUUUGUUGGUUCCCUUCCACCAGAAGUAAGCGGCUUGACAAACCUUGCACACUUAUACUUAUCACGGAACAACUUGUCAGGGCCCCUACCUAAUACACUCAGCAACUGUCAAAGCUUGAUAGAACUUGGGCUGGACGAUAACUCCUUUGAUAGCAGCAUUCCCUCAUCUAUCAGCAACAUGCGAGGUCUGAUGUUGCUAAAUCUUACAAAGAACAUGCUUUCAGGUGUUAUUCCUAAAGAUCUAGGGCUAAUGAGUGGCCUUCAAGAGUUAUACCUAGCAUGCAACAACUUGUCUGGUCAUAUCCCAGAAAGCUUGGAAAACAUGGCAUCAUUGUACCAGUUAGACCUGUCAUUCAACCAUUUGGAUGGCAAAGUUCCAUCAUGGGGAGUGUUCAGUAAUGCAUCUGGGUUUUCGUUUGGUGGGAAUUUGGGGCUUUGUGGUGGUCUACCAGAUUUACAUUUGCCCCCAUGCCAGCCGGAAUCCGUGGGACAUGGCUUGAGCAAACGCCAUUUGACUAUGAUCCUAGUUACUGCAAUUGCUGGCAUAAUUCUUGCUUUGAGUUUGGUGCUUGUUUUCUUCACAAUGAGAAAGAUAUCAAAAGCUCGGCCUACAACCAUAGGAGGAUUCCAGUUGAUAGUUGACAGUUAUCCCAGAGUUACUUAUGCUGAAUUGGUCCAAGGAACAAGUGGCUUUGCAGUAGACCACUUGAUUGGCAGAGGAAGGUAUGGAUCGGUGUAUAAGUGUUGUUUACUACUAAAAAAUAUGAUGACCACAGUAGCUGUAAAGGUUUUUGAUCUUCAACAGUCUGGCUCUUCCAGAAGCUUUUUAGCUGAGUGCGAGGCACUUAGUAAAAUCCGCCAUCGUAAUUUGGUCAGUCUCAUAACUUGUUGUUCAAGCACUGACUCGAACCAAAACGACUUCAAAUCCAUUGUGUUCGAGUUCAUGCCUAAUGGGAGCCUGGAUAGGUGGUUACACAUGGAUGUACAUGUAUCACAUCAACUUCAAGGCUUGACAUUGAUGCAGAGACUAAAUAUUGCAGUUGAUAUUGCUGAUGCACUAGAUUAUUUGCACAAUAACUGUGAUCCACCAAUAGUUCACUAUGACUUGAAGCCAGGCAACAUUCUUCUUAAUGAGGAUUUAGUUGCUCAUGUUGGGGACUUUGGCCUUGCAAAGAUUCUUUCUGAACCAGCAGCUAACCAACUGAUCAAUUCAAAGAGCACAGUUGGAAUAAGAGGAACAAUUGGAUACGUCGCUCCAGAAUAUGGCGAAGGUGGCCAGGUUUCUUCAUGUGGAGAUGUGUACAGCCUCGGAACUGUCAUCCUCGAGUUGUUUACAGGCAUGGCACCUACUCAUGACAUGUUCAGAGAUGGGUUGACCCUGCAGAAACAUGCCCAGAAUGCUUUUCCAGAGAUGCUAAUGCAGAUUGCUGAUCCAGUCCUACUGUCCACUGAAGAAGCCAAUACUAAUAGUUUGCAGGAUGGAAGCAACACAAUGGAACAUGCCAUAUUCUCUGUCAUGAAGGUUGCGCUAUCAUGCAGCAAGCAUGCACCGACAGAGAGAAUGUGCAUCAGAGAUGCUGCUGCUGCGAUUCAGAGGAUAAGAGAUGGCUAUGUUAAAGCAAGACAAAAUGAGGGGGUUGUUACAGCUGCAUUUACCGCAAGGCAUUUUGCUGAAACAUCCUGGGCAGCCCCUUGAACUGGCAUCACACACUCACUCUUAAUUAAUGGCCUUGUAGUAGUUAUAUAUUGCACUCCUAUGGUUUUGAUAUGUUAGUUUCUGGCUGGCGAUGUUAUCUUAGCUUGUUGAUCUGCCGUUUGCAGCCUGUAUGUCACUCUGCCUUCAACAGUUAAUAUGGUUUGUAUAUUGUGAUGCCUAAAUACAGAUAUUAGUGAAUUCCCUUCCGUGUAAAAGACAGGUAUAACUGCAUGAUAUAUGCACUAAUAACACGACUGGACAAAUCUGU